AAGCUCGGAGAGGGGGGCGGGGAGGAGCUGUUGGACUUCUUUUCCUGGCACGCUGUUAAGCAAGCCAUGCCCGAGGCUGUCUUAGCAGCCGGGCAGAUCGUUUUUCUCCUCUGAUUAGCGCUGCUCGUGUCGAGAACUUUCUCCUCGCCGAGCAGGUCCACGUCGGUGCCGUCACGCGGAGGCUAGUUGUGAACUUGUGCGCGCCGUGCUUACUGCAUCGAUGACUUCUAAGCCUGUCCUCUACUCCUACUUCAGGAGCUCUUGUGCCUACAGGGUUCGCAUCGCCCUGGCAUGGAAAAACGUCGACUACGAGUACAAAGCUGUCAACCUGAUCAAGGAUGGCGGCGAGCAGCACGCUGCCGAGUACGUCAAAGUGAACCCAAUGGAGCAAGUACCGGCCCUGGAACAUAAUGGCGAGACAUUCACACAGAGUCUGGCCAUCAUAGAGUACCUAGAGGAGAAAUACCCCGAGCCGAGAUUGCUGCCCAAAGAACCAGCACAACGGGCCAAGGUGCGAGCCAUUGCAGAAAUAAUUGCAUCCGGGAUUCAGCCACUGCAGAAUCUGAAUGUUCUGCAACGACUGGAUGAGUCCAAAAGAAGCGAGUGGGCUGCCCACUUUAUUACCAAAGGCUUCAAGGCUCUGGAAGCUACUGUCUCCAAGACAGCCGGGAAGUACUGUGUUGGAGAUGAAGUGACCAUUGCAGACGCCUGCUUGGUGCCUCAAGUGUACAAUGCCAACAGGUUCAAAAUCGACAUGAGCCAAUUCCCCACGCUGUCCCGAGUUAGCACUGCUCUGGAGAGCUUGCCCGCCUUCAAGGCCGCCCAUCCCUCUUGUCAACCAGACACACCUCCGGAACUGCGGGAAGCGAAAUGAAUAUACUAAACACAUUUUAAAGGGCCCCUUUAAGUAAAACACGUUAUGGGGUUAGUUGGUGCAUAGCUUUCAAUAUACAGACAGGACAGCGCCUUGUCCUGUCUGUAUUUCUUCUUGUGUGCCGUCACUUUUGGCGCUUAAUCUAUUGGAAGGCUCCUUUAAAGUCGGGAGAGCAGCUCAUUCCCUUAUACUGUUGCCUUUGCAGCAGUUCCCCACCUUCCCUAUUUCAUUUGUUUCUAUUCCUUCUGUCUACUGCUACAUCCUCUAGAUUCUCGUGGUAGAUUGCUGCAGAGGUGGCACUUUACAUCUUUGAGUUUAUAACCAAAACUUGCAACAAUGCCUGGUAUGGAGCCCCAUGACACAUUUGAAUGUGCCUUACCACCGUAUUAAGAAAUGCAUCUUAACUGAAAAGCCCAUGCUUGAUCUAAAUGACUCCUGGCUUGUACGUGCCCAAGACUCUUAUUGCAUUUCCUUCGGUGCGUUUACAACAGGUGCCAUUUUGAUUAAGUGGAACAUGGACUUUGAAGUUAAGGCACAUUUCUGAAUACGAUGCAUACUCUUGUAUCUUGUACGUUUAAUUUUCAAAGAUCGACAUUUUUUUAAAUUUAAAUGACAUGUUCGACUUUCUGUAAGGUUUUCAUAGAAUAAAUAUAUUUUUUUGAUCAA